AUGAGGGGACCGCUGUAUCUACUACUCCUUCUUGCCACUUGGACCUCUACUGGACAGGCACAAGAUGCCGACUCGCUCACGGUGAUUGCCAAGCUUCCCAACUGCGCGCAACUAUGUUUGGUGACUGCUGUUGUCGACUCACCUUGCCAACUUACGAACUCAACAUGUAUAUGUACCAACGUUAAACUUCAGGCUGCCGUUGAGAAAUGCGUCGUCUCUUCGUGCACCGUGAAGGAGAGCUUGACGACCAAAAACGUUACUUCAACCUUCUGCCACGCGCCGGUCCGGUCGGAAACUAUCCAUCUGCGAGUCGCGAAUAUACUCAUGUGCGUGGUAACAGUUUCCUGCGCCAUCUUACGUCUCGUCUACCAAAGAUACUUCACGGUUGCCGGGCUUGGCUGGGAUGACUUUACCGUGGCCGCUACAGUACUCAUAUCUAUACCCUCCGUAAUAAUAAUCGACAGGGGCAUGCUUACGAACGGGAUCGGUGUCGAUCUCUGGACUGUUCCUUUCGACCACCUCGAGAACUUCGUUCGAUGGCUGUAUACCAUUACCCUACUAUAUUUUAUCCAGUGUGCCAUGGUCAAGAUCUCGCUGAUUCUAUUUUUCUUGCGGAUAUUUCCAAGAAGGCGGACAGUGCAGCUCUUGUGGGGGACUAUCGCCUUUAUCGUAAUAUGGACCAUAUCUUUCUUCAUUCCUGGCUCCUUCCCAUGUCUGCCUCUUGCCGAUUACUGGACAGCUUGGGAUAAGGCCAAGCCGGCUAAGUGUCUCAACAUAUACGCGGUGAUCUGGGUACACGCUAUCAUAUGUAUCGUGGUCGACAUCUGGAUGCUUUCCAUCCCUCUAUACGAGGUCUUUCACCUCCAGAUGACAUUGACAAAGAAGUUCAGCGUAGCUCUGAUGUUCUUCGUUGGCACCUUUGUUACGAUUGUAUCCAUCCUCCGCCUCAGAUCGCUCAUUGCUUUCGGCGGCACGAGCAAUGUUACAUGGGAGCAGACGAACGUGGUCUUAUGGUCGGUCUACGAGAUUAAUGUCGGAAUUAUAUGCGCAUGCAUGCCGGCUCUACGCUUAAUCCUCAUCCGCGCGUUUCCCACAGCCAUCAGUACGAUACAAGCGAGCACCCAGCGAAGCAGCAAGAACCAUCACGGAAGUGGAAGUUGUGGCACAAAAGGAAAUGUCGACACGAUAGGGAGUGCCAAAAGUGGAAAAGAGAGCAUGAUCGUUGACCGAAGCACGAUUACGUACACUAGGACAUUUGCGGUGCGGCAUGAGAACGACGACGAAGCUGAACUUGUACAUAUGGAGGAGUUCAGUGAAAAGACAAUAAGAGCGCGAGAGGACAGCUACACUAGUGAGUUGAGCUUGUAG